CCCGGAUGUCCCUAACCCCGAAACACCGAGAUGCCAGUCCGUGUAGAUAAGGCAUAGAAGAUCCGUCCAAUACGACAUUGCAAAUGACCGAACUGUCGUCAUCAUCCUACCGUCAAGUCAUUGAAUUCGAGUCGAUGGUGUUACCCUCAAGCCCCGACAGACUACCCUGGAUGGUGUUGCCAUCGAUGAUUGCGCUGCCUCGUUCCCUGGCAUGAGUGCAUAUACUCUCUGGCUCGUUUGCACUGUGGCUAGGGAUACCUACUACUAUCAGAUUCUGGUGGUCCACACUACCCUGAUCGCAACAAUCAUGAAACCUCUUACCACCCUCAUCACUUUUUCUUCCCUUUUCGGCCUGUUGGCAGCAGCUGCUCCAACCGAUCUCGCCCACCUCAUUGACGCAGCCACCCAUUCUCCACUUCUCGACCUUCCCCAGAACUUCCCCGCCAUGUGCGCGGGCACUGGCGCCGGCUAUUGCAAUCUCGGGAUCGCCAGCUACAUCCCGUCGUCCGGGACCAAGAUCCGCGAAGUCUUUGUCUAUGAUCGGUACUGCCGUGGACUUGGGGCGCGACCGUUUGACAGCGACACGGGCAAAUGGACCAUCUACUCACUGCUUCCCUGGACGGUGGAGCUCACUGUUACCGGCGGGGGAAGGAUCCCGGAUGGCUCAUUCAUGUAUGCGGGGCGGAAGACAGACCUAGGCAAGAAGAUGUACUGCAGGGAGUGUUCGGGACUCAGCGGAUGGGAAUGCUGUCAGGUCGCUUUUGAUUGCAGUUGA